CCAGGAUCAUCCUGCGCUGACGCGGCUGGUCGGCAGGAAGCGGCUGGGGGGGGCGGGGGUCCUGGGGGUCGUUAUGGUUCUGGUGCUGGUCAUCCUCAUCCCAGUUCUGGUAAACUCAGCGGGAACAGCGGCGCACUACGAGAUGCUCGGUACCUGUCGGAUGGUGUGCGACCCGUACGGCACCAAAUCUCCCACCAGCACCGCCACAGCGGACACGGUCCGAGACAACAGCCUGGUGCAUUCUUUACCCACAUUUAUCCAAGGUCCGAAAGGCGAACCGGGACGGCCGGGUAAGGCAGGUCCAAGGGGACCUCCCGGUGAGCCUGGACCACCUGGCCCAAUGGGGCCGCCAGGAGAGAAAGGUGAACCGGGUAGACCUGGUUUGCCAGGACCUCCGGGAUCCAGCGCAGCUGCCGGUGCAAUUAGCGCGGCCACCUACAGCACCGUGCCCAAGAUCGCCUUUUACGCAGGGCUGAAAAAGCAACACGAGGGCUACGAGGUGCUCAAGUUUGACGACGUCGUCACCAACUUGGGAAACCACUAUGAUCCGACCACCGGGAAGUUCACGUGUUCCAUCCCCGGGAUUUAUUUCUUCAUUUACCACGUCCUGAUGCGCGGAGGAGACGGCACUAGCAUGUGGGCUGAUCUGUGCAAAAACAACCAGGUAACACAAACUCCAAUUGUAGUAGCACACAUUCACGACACAAAUUAUGACUAUGCCAGUAACAGCGCUGUGCUACAUCUGGAGCCAGGAGAUGAGGUCUACAUUAAACUAGACGGAGGGAAAGCUCAUGGAGGCAACAACAACAAGUACAGCACCUUUUCUGGAUUCAUCAUCUAUGCUGACUAGACAGCAACAUAUUUGUUCCCUCAGCUAUUUUAGGCCCGAUGGUCCUGUCCUUCUACACAUUUUCCUCUGCAAGUAAGAUGCUUAGACUUACACUUUUAAACGUGUGGAGAAACCAAUAUAAAUCAGCCUCUAUAACCCAUGUAUCAUUUUAUCUUUUACAUUCUGCCACAGUGGAAGUGACUUUUGACAGUGACAUCAAUGAAAUGGCUGGUUUGUUACAGUGUGGGAUAGAGUCACAUCCUCUUUUGAAACCAUUACAUCACACUUGAAUGUGAUGUCUUUCUGUUAAUGUAGCGCUGACAUGAAAUGAUGGCGGUAAAGGGAAGAGGAAAACGUUUGUGUGCGUGCAUGUGUCGGGGGUGUGGGAAAAGUAAAAAGAAUGAAUGUCAAUUACUGCCAGGUAAUUGGCCCUCUGAUGAUUUUGUGCAGCACCUAUUAUAAUAAACUAUAAUCAUGGUGAUAAUAACACAGAAAUAUUUGUUGAUUUAUGCCAAAAUUUAGGGAACAUGUUUAAUAAAUUGUAUGUGAAAACAUGACUGUAGCUGAGGCCCCUGAUGAGUUUUUUUUUUCUGAUGGCGUUCAGGGAAACAGUAAGUGGAAGAAGGAAGUGAGGGCAGACAUGCUGAACAUCUGACAACUGUUUUUGGAAAAAAAAAAAUUUGGACUGAAAGUGAGGCUCUGUCCCAAUGCCCACACUCUUAAAUGUGCAUUCAGGUGAUGGCGGGUAGCAGAUACUAACACAGUACACUUAACCCACAGAUGAUGCUUAUUUCUUCUGCUGCCUGUUCAGCUAUUGGCAGCACUGCAUCUAUAGACUAGUUUUAGAACUGAUAGAAAUCAUCAGAGCAGACGUGUAAGUUUAAAUUUAUGACAUGUUGGAAAGCAAAUACAAUAUUUGGCCUGGGGUAGCCAACUACAAAGGAAUAUACAUCUGGGUGAGCUAGACCUGAUGACUUAUCAGGUAGGCUGUAAUGGCUCUCUCAGAUGGCUGUAGCUAGUAUUUGCUUUCCUUCUGACUCAGAGAUAAGCAUGUGAAAUGAUUUGACUGAAAUCAUGAUUAUUCAGAGCUCUCUCUGAGGCCAACCAGUUGCCCCAUUGAUGCCUUUUAAUGUGACUUUUCGUUUCUUUGGACCUCUACAAUAGAGGUAAUGAUAGCAAAAUUAGCAUUAGCUAUAUUGUCCCCAUACCCACCUUUAGAGGAAAUACAGCAGGUUAAAAAAAGAAGUUAUCCUUUAACACUGGUUAUAUAGUAAGUGUGUUCACAUGGAUAGUGUCGUUGAAACGGACACUAAACAGCCACUUGCUUUCUUCGUUCGCUGCUGAAACUGACCACUGAACCUUUGGUUUAGAAGGUCACUCACUCAUAAUGCUGUGCCUUCAGUGAAGUAAUGGAGCACGGUGAGGUGUCAAUACAAUACAUGUAAUAAAGAAGCCUGGAUUCCCUGAACGUCAGUUACUUUCAGGGCAUAGAUCAUUGUUUGUCAUUACAGGCAAAAGCAUUAUGCAGAAGAAGUAGAGAACAAUUUAUCAGUGUUGUAUCUUAAAGAUAGAAAAUGUGGAUCACUGUUACUGGAAUUGUGUAAAUACUGUAGUGAUACAAAGUGUUCUUAUUUUUUCUGUCUACCUUAUGUACAGAGGAGCACAAAAUAAAUCAUUUAAAAAUAUUCUAUUAAUUAACUCUAAGUCAGUAAUCUGAUUGUCUCAACGUUAUAGCCUUACAGUACCAGUGUAUUGGUGUGAAAGGCAUAUGUGUGGUAGAUACAGUAUCAGGUGUGUGCAAUAUUAUACAGACUUUGCACUUUUCUUCUGUCUUACAACAGUUACUUGUGUACUGUUACCUAAACAAUGUCAUCAUUAA